AGUUCCUUAUUAUAUUCCAAGACACUAAAAGCAACUGCACUAACCACAUCAACACAAAAAGCAUCACCCAUCUUACCAAAUAAAACCCCCCCACAAUAUAUACAGAAAUUUGAAGAAUAAAGCUGCUAUAUAUCUAUCAUCAAAGAUCUCAAUAAUCAAUCAACCAUACCAAACACAACACAACACAACAUUAUCAUGUACAUGAGAUUGAGCAACACGGUGAUCGGGUUCUUGAACCUCUUCACACUACUGGCCUCAAUCCCGAUAAUCGGUGCCGGGCUUUGGAUGGCCCGCAGCAGCACCACGUGCGAGAGCUUCCUCCAGACUCCGCUGUUGGUGGUGGGCUUUGUGGUCCUAAUAGUGUCCUUAGCGGGCUUCAUAGGGGCCUGCUUCCACGUGGCGUGGGCCCUUUGGGUCUAUCUGCUCGUCAUGCUCUUCCUUAUCGGGGCCUUAAUGGGCCUCACUGUCUUUGGGUUCGUUGUUACUGGGCCUGGCGGAGGGGAUGACGUGGCAGGCAAGAUCUACAAGGAGUACCAUCUGGAGGCUUAUUCGGGUUGGCUCAGGAAGCGGGUCGAGGACCCGAGGUAUUGGACGACUAUCAAGGGCUGUAUACUCGGAUCCAAGACCUGCGGGAAGGUUGCCACGUGGACGCCGUUCGAUUAUCUCACUAGGGAUAUGACUCCUAUUCAGUCGGGGUGCUGCAAACCGCCGACCUCGUGCAACUACGGGUCGGGUUCUGCAGCGGCAGGUCAGGACCCUGACUGCUACCGUUGGAACAACGACCCGAGUGUUUUAUGCUACGAGUGCAACUCGUGCAAGGCCGGUGUGCUUGAGGACGUGAGGCGCAACUGGCAUAAGCUGUCGGUACUCAACAUCAUUAUGGUGCUCGUUCUCAUAGCCAUCUACUCGGUUGGCUGUUGCGCGUUCCACAAUGCAAGGCGUGGCCACACGGAUUUUCCCUACGGACACAACCGAAUGUCGAAAGUUCGACCGAGAUGGGACUUUUAUUGGCACCGUGUCACGAUUAAUAAACUUGAUAAAGUGCAACUUGUGUCAGCAUAUGGAAUUCACCAGCUUCACAUCUUCAUUUUUGUGUUGGCUGUUUCUCAUAUUCUAUACAGCGUUAUCACUUAUGGCUUGGGAACACUAAAGAUGAGGAAAUGGAAAUCAUGGGAAGAUGAAACAAAGACGGUUCAAUACGAGUUCUACAACGGUCCGUACUUUACGAAUAUUUUAUGCACCCUGAAAGAUUCAGAUUUGCAAGGGACACCUCAUUUGGACGCAGACAUUUGCAUUUCUGGAGCAAAUCGCCUGUUCUUUUAUGGAUUGCAGUUCUUCAGAUCAGUUGAAAAAGUAGACUAUUUGACACUUCGGCAUGGCUUUAUAACAGAACAUUUGACACCUCAGAGUCAGGCAACUUUCAAUUUCCACAAGUAUAUAAAAAGAUCGCUUGAAGAAGAUUUCAAAAUUAUAGUGGGAAUAAGCCCAAUAAUAUGGUUCUUGGCUGUUUUGUUUCUCCUCACCAACACCAACGGGUGGUAUUCACACUUUUGGCUACCGUUUAUCCCUUUAGUUAUACUUCUCUUAAUUGGAGCAAAAUUACAAGUUAUCAUAACAAAAAUGGGAAUAAGAAUCCUUGAUAGAGGAGAUGUGAUCAAGGGCACCCCAAUCGUUCAGCCGGGUGACGACUUAUUCUGGUUCAAUCGUCCCGGCUUAAUUCUUUUCUUGAUUCACUUUAUCCUUUUCGAGAACGCCUUUCAACUUGCUUUCUUUGCAUGGAGUUGGUAUGAAUAUGGAUUUCCGUCUUGCUACCAUGAGAAUGUAGAAGAUUUGGUCAUUCGGAUUUCAAUGGGUGUCGUGGUGCAGUUCAUUUGCAGCUACGUAACUCUCCCUCUCUAUGCCUUGGUCACUCAAAUGGGAUCGAACAUGAAGCCGGUGAUAUUCAGCGAGCCAGUGGCGUCGGCCCUAAGAAAAUGGCACCACGAGGCUAAGAAGCAGCUCAAACACGGCCGCCCGUCGGCUAACACCACACCAUUUUCGAGCCGACCGGCCUCCCCAAUGCACGGGAGCUUGUCCCCAGUCUACUUGCUUAAUGGACAAAGAAAUGAUAGUGAACACAACAUCGUUAACAUGGCUACAUCUCCUAGGACGGUCUCAAAUUAUAGCUCAUCACAUUAUAGAAAAAAUAUAUAUGAUGAUGAUGAUGAUGAUAAUGAUGACAUUACAAGGUAUGAGAGUUAUGAGAUUGAGGUAGACGUUGAGAAUCCAAAUCCGAAUAAUCCGAAUUCGAAUUCGAAUUCGAAUCGUCCUCCACCACCUCAUCCUCAACCUCAACCUCAACCUCAACCUCAAGAGGCCAGUCAUCAGCAUGAGGUGCAGAUUAGUUUGAGUGAUUUCUCUUUCAGGCAAAAGGAGAAGCUAUCAUCCUAUCCUAGUUAG